CCUGGCGGGGGCGGGGCCGGCAGCUCCCGCGCGCUCCGGCCCCUCCUCGGCCACACAAAGGCCCGUCUCCAUGGCAGCCGCGCGGGCCAGAGCGCAACGCAGAGCGCGGCCCCGGCGCCAUCGAGCGACGGCUGCGGAGGAGCAGAUGGGGAAAUGAGGCACAGAGAAGUUAACUUGCCCAAGGUCACCCAGCUAAGUCCCGAUGCCAGCCUGAAACAGAGACUGAAAGCACUGAAGCACUGGUGAGCAAAGUUCUGGGGGCAAUGGCUCUGUCACUCUGGGCCCUGACCUUGCUGGGUCUGGCGGGCCUAGGGUUGAGCCUACGGUCCCGCAAGCCGGAGAGUUUCCGCAGUGACACAGAGCUGAACCACCUGGUUGUGGAUGAGGCCUCGGGUGUGGUAUAUGUUGGGGCAGUGAACGCGCUCUACCAGCUGAGUGCUGACCUGCAUCUCCAGCAGCAUGUGGUCACAGGACCCUUCAUGGAUAACAAGAAGUGCACACCACCCAUCGAGGCUAGCCAGUGCCACGAAGCAGUGCUCACUGACAACGUCAACCAGCUGCUGCUGCUCGACCCACCUGGGAAACGCCUGGUCGAGUGUGGCAGCCUUUUCAAGGGCAUCUGUGCCCUGCGUGCCCUGAGCAAUGUCUCGGUGCGCCUCUUCUAUGAGGAUGGCAGUGGAGAGAAGUCCUUUGUAGCCAGCAAUGACGAGAGAGUGGCCACAGUAGGGCUGGUGAGCUCCACGCGCCCCGAUGGUGAGCGCGUGCUGUUUGUGGGCAAAGGCAAUGGGCCACAUGACAACGGCAUCAUCGUGAGCACCCGCCUGCUGGACAGGGCUGAGGGCCGGGAGGCCUUUGAGGCCUACUCGGACCACACCACCUUCAAGGCUGGCUACCUGUCCACUAACACUCAGCAGUUCAUUGCGGCCUUUGAGGACGGCCUCUAUGUCUUUUUCAUCUUCAACCAGCAAGACAAGCACCCUGCCAGGAACCGGACACUCCUGGCACGAAUGUGCAAAGAUGAUCCCUCCUACUACUCCUAUGUAGAGAUGGACCUGCAGUGUCGGGAUCCCAGUGACCCCCAAGUCUCUUUCUUUGGCACCUGCCUAGCGGCUUCUGUAGCCACUCCUGGUGCUGGCAGGGCACUCUAUGCUGUCUUCAGCAGAGAUGGCCGGAGCAGUGCGGGGCCUGGGGCAGGCCUCUGUGUUUUCCCACUAGAUGAAGUCAAUGCCAAGAUGGAAACCAACCGUAAAAACUGCUACACAGGUACCCGAGAGGCAGGCCGUGAAACCUUCUACAAGCCCUUCCACGGAGACAUCCAGUGUGGUGGCCAUGUGCUAGGUGCCAGCGAGAGUUUUCCAUGUGGCUCGGAGCAUCUGCCCUAUCCACUGGGCAGUCGUGAUGGACUCAUCACCACAGCCCUUCUGUACCGUGGGGGCCUGAAUCUGACAGCGGUGACGGUAGCUGCCGAGAAUGGCCAUGUUGUCGCCUUCCUGGGCACCUCAGAUGGCCGGAUCCUUAAGGUGUACCUUGCCCCAGAUGGGACUUCUGCAGAGUAUGGCUCUAUCCUGGUAGACAUCAAUAAGAAAAUCAAGCAGGACCUGGCACUGUCUGGAAACCUGUCCAGUCUAUAUGCUAUGACCCACGAUAAGGUGUUCCGGCUCCCAGUGCAGGAAUGUCUGAGUUACCUAACCUGUGCUCAGUGUCGUGACUCCCAAGAUCCCUACUGUGGCUGGUGUGUCGUCGAGGGACGAUGCACCAGGAAGGCCGAGUGCUCACGGGCUGAGGAAACUGGCCACUGGCUGUGGAGCCGGAACAAAUCCUGUGUGGCCAUCACUGAUGCUAAUCCACAGAACAUGAGCCGGCGGGCUCCGGGACAGGUACGGCUGUCUGUCAGCCCCCUACCCACCCUGACUCAGGAGGAUGAGUUGUUAUGCCUCUUUGGUGAACCACCGCCACGCCCUGCCCAGAUUGAGGGGGACGCCAUUAUCUGUGACCCCCCAAGCAGCAUCCCUAGCACACCACCAGGCCAAGACCACGUGGCUGUGAGCAUCCAGCUCCUCUUCAAACGUGGCAGUGUCUUCCUCACCUCCCACCAGUACCCUUUCUAUGACUGCAGAGAGGCUAUGAGCCUGGUGGAGAACCUGCCGUGCAUCUCCUGCGCUAGCAACCGCUGGAUGUGCCAGUGGGACCUGCUGUAUCACGAGUGUCGGGAGGCCUCACCCAACCCGGAGGACGGAAUCAUACGUGCUCACAUGGAGGCCAACUGCCCCCAGUUCCUGGACCCUAGCCCUUCCGUCAUCCCCAUGAACCAUGAGACAGAAGUGACCUUCCAGGGCAAGAACUUGGACACUGGGAAGGUCUCUUCCCUCUAUGUGGGCAGUGACCUGUUGAAGUUCAAGGCAACUGUGACUAUGCAGGAGUCAGGGGCCUUCUCUUUUAAGACCCCAAAGCUAUCCUAUGACGCAAAUGAGACGCUGCCUCUUCACCUUUAUGUAAAGUCCUUUGACAAGAAAAUUGACAGCAAGCUACAAGUGACUCUCUACAACUGCUCCUUUGGCCGCAGUGACUGUAGCCUGUGUCUGGCUGCCGACCCUGCCUACAGGUGUGUGUGGUGCCGUGGGCAGAACAGGUGUGUCUAUGAGGCCCUGUGCAGCAAUGUUACUUCAGAAUGCCCACCACCAGUCAUUACCAGGAUCCAGCCUGAGACAGGCCCACUGGGUGGGGGCAUCCGCGUCACUAUCCAUGGGUCCAAUUUGGGCGUCACAGCAGACGAUGUCAAGAAGAUCACUGUGGCUGGCCAAAACUGUGCCUUUGAACCAAAAUGGUACUCUGUCUCUACCCGGAUUGUGUGUGCGAUUGAGGCUGCGGAGAUGCCUUUCACGGGAGGUAUUGAGGUGGAUGUUAAUGGAAAGCUGGGCCACUCACCACCACAUGUCCAGUUCACUUAUCAACAACCCCAGCCUCUCAGUGUCGAGCCACGACAGGGUCCACAGGCAGGUGGCACCACAUUGACCAUCAAUGGCACUCACCUGGACACAGGCUCCAAGGAGGAUGUUCGGGUGACACUCAAUGACGUCCCUUGUGAAGUGACAAAGUUUGGAGCACAGCUGCAGUGCGUCACGGGUCCACAGGUGGCUCCAGGCCAGAUGGUACUAGAAAUCUCCUAUGGGGGCUCCCGAGUGCCCAGCUCUGGUGUCUCCUUCACCUACUGUGAGAACCCAGUGUUACGAGCCUUUGAGCCACUGAGAAGCUUUGUCAGUGGUGGCCGGAGCAUCAAUGUUACAGGCCAGGGCUUCAGCCUCAUCCAGAAGUUUGCCAUGGUUGUCAUUGCUGAGCCCUUGAGGUCCUGGCGGAGGCGGCGGGAGGCUGAAUCCCUGGAGCCCAUGACGGUCACGGGCACUGAGUACGUGUUCUACAAUGACACCAAGGUGGUCUUCUUGUCACCUGCUGUCCCUGAAGAACCUGAGGCUUACAACCUCACUGUGCUGAUACAGAUGGACGGUCACCGUGCACUCCUUAGGACUGAAGCUGGUGCCUUUGAGUAUGUGGCGGAUCCCACCUUUGAGAACUUCACAGGUGGUGUCAAGAAGCAGGUCAACAAGCUCAUCCAUGCCCGGGGAACCAAUCUGAACAAGGCCAUGACACUGGAGGAGGCUGAGGCAUUUGUGGGUGCUGAGCGUUGCAUUAUGAAGACGCUGACCGAGACUGACCUAUACUGUGAGCCCCCAGAGGUGCAGCCCCCACCCAAGCGGCGGCAGAAGCGAGACACAACACACAACCUGCCCGAGUUCAUUGUGAAGUUUGGCUCUCGAGAGUGGGUGCUAGGCCGGGUGGAGUAUGACACACGUGUGAGUGACGUGCCGCUCAGUCUCAUCCUGCCUCUGGUCAUGGUGCCCAUGGUGUUUAUCAUUGCCGUGUCCAUCUACUGCUACUGGAGGAAGAGCCAGCAGGCCGAGCGUGAGUAUGAGAAGAUUAAGUCCCAGCUGGAAGGACUGGAAGAGAGCGUGCGAGACCGCUGCAAGAAGGAAUUCACAGACCUGAUGAUCGAGAUGGAAGACCAGACAAAUGAUGUGCAUGAGGCGGGCAUCCCCACGCUGGACUAUAAGACCUACACUGACCGCGUCUUCUUCCUGCCCUCCAAGGAUGGUGACAAGGAUGUCAUGAUCACUGGAAAGCUAGACAUUCCAGAGUCACGGCGGCCCGUUGUGGAGCAGGCCCUCUAUCAGUUCUCCAACCUGCUCAAUAGCAAGUCCUUCCUCAUCAAUUUCAUCCACACCCUAGAGAAUCAACGCGAGUUCUCAGCUCGUGCCAAGGUCUACUUCGCGUCACUGCUGACUGUGGCCCUGCAUGGGAAGUUAGAGUACUACACGGACAUCAUGCGUACCCUCUUCCUGGAACUCAUGGAGCAGUAUGUGGUGGCCAAGAACCCAAAGCUGAUGCUUCGAAGGUCGGAGACAGUGGUGGAGAGGAUGCUGUCCAACUGGAUGUCCAUCUGUCUGUACCAGUACCUCAAGGAUAGCGCAGGUGAGCCCCUGUACAAGCUCUUCAAGGCCAUCAAACACCAGGUGGAAAAGGGACCAGUAGACGCUGUGCAGAAGAAGGCCAAGUACACCCUGAAUGACACAGGGCUGCUUGGGGAUGAUGUCGAGUAUGCACCUCUGACGGUGAGCGUGAUCAUUCAGGAUGAAGGAGUUGAGGCCAUCCCAGUCAAGGUCCUCAACUGCGACACCAUAUCUCAGGUCAAAGAGAAGAUCAUCGAUCAGGUGUACCGUACACAGCCCUGCUCUUGCUGGCCCAAGCCUGACAGUGUGGUCCUCGAAUGGCGUCCUGGGUCCACGGCCCAGAUUCUGUCUGACUUGGACCUUACCUCUCAGCGGGAAGGCCGGUGGAAACGAAUCAACACCCUUAUGCACUACAACGUCCGGGAUGGAGCCACCCUCAUCUUGUCUAAGGUGGGAGUCUCCCAGCAACCAGAGGACAGCCAACCAGAUCUUCCUGGGGAGCGCCAUGCCCUUCUGGAAGAGGAAAACCGUGUGUGGCACUUGGUGCGGCCAACAGAUGAGGUAGAUGAAGGCAAGUCCAAGCGCGGCAGCAUGAAAGAGAAAGAGCGAACCAAGGCGAUCACAGAAAUCUACCUGACACGGCUGCUCUCGGUCAAGGGCACACUGCAGCAGUUUGUGGACAACUUUUUCCAAAGUGUGCUGGCUCCCGGGAAUGCAGUGCCACCCGCAGUCAAGUAUUUCUUUGAUUUCUUGGAUGAGCAGGCCGAGAAGCAUGACAUCCGGGAUGAGGAUACCAUCCACAUCUGGAAAACCAAUAGUUUACCGCUUCGGUUCUGGGUGAACAUCCUGAAGAACCCUCAUUUCAUCUUUGAUGUUCAUGUCCACGAAGUGGUGGAUGCCUCCCUGUCGGUUAUCGCACAGACCUUCAUGGAUGCCUGUACUCGCACAGAGCACAAGCUGAGCCGUGACUCUCCCAGCAACAAGCUGCUGUAUGCAAAGGAGAUCUCUACCUACAAGAAGAUGGUGGAAGACUACUAUAAGGGCAUCCGACAGAUGGUGCAGGUCAGCGACCAAGACAUGAACACACACUUGGCAGAGAUUUCCCGGGCACACACAGACUCCUUGAACACACUUGUGGCACUGCACCAGCUCUACCAGUACACACAAAAGUACUAUGAUGAGAUCAUCAAUGCUUUGGAGGAAGACCCUGCAGCCCAAAAGAUGCAAUUGGCCUUCCGCCUGCAGCAGAUUGCCGCUGCGCUUGAGAACAAGGUUACAGACCUCUGACCGUCAGGGCUGCCUCAGGAUGCAGGUGUGUGGUACCAUGGCAUUGGGCAGCCUCCUGGCGUGAUGUUGCACUGGCUGUAGCUGAGUUCUUCUCUCUCUCCAGUAGAGGAUGCACCCAACGCGUCUGGAGUGGGUAUAGUGGGCCCACCUCCUGUAGACUUGUAGCGUCUUUCUCCUGAGCAAUACUGCCCGGGCGCCCGAGUCAGCACCAGCUCCUUCCAAUGGCACCAGCAUCGGGUGUUCUCUGUGUUGUCUCCUGAGUAAUUCGCAAAUGUGCCUUACAAAGCCACACUGGGCCACUGGGGGCAAUGGAGCCUUGGCCUCCCCUCCCCAAGCACCAGCAGCCCAGCCUCCUCAGAUACUCUGGGUUUGGUCUGUAGCUCCCAUGGCCGGUUCCUGGACUGUGCCAGCCUGCCAGAUGGAAGGAGGAGAAGAAAAGCGGUACAAUGCCUUCCUGACCUCACCUGAGCCUCCCCAUGGGGCGCAGGCACUCCAGGAGGACUUGGAGGGCCAUCACUGGCUCCACCUCUAAGGUCAAGCUGGACGUCAGACGUCGGGGCCCAGGUGGCCAGAGGGACCCAGAAAACUGCGGUCCUGGUCUCAGCUGUCAAACAGGCUGUCCUGGAGGCCCUGCCUGGAUCUGGGGAUGCUGGAACAGCAUCUCCACCAGGACCACUCACCCCUUUUUGUAAAUCCUGAUUGUAAAUCCAAUACAGUUGUCUUUUUCACUCUC